AUGGAUAUCGAUAAUGAUGAUGAGAUAUUGAAGACACUCGCAAAUGGUCAAUCUAUUGAUUACUCGACAUGGCCGAGUUUACUUGAGAGGUUGAUGACUAAAUUGGAGAAGAUUGCCAUUACAGACUUCCAAAAUCCCAAACCUCCACCAUAUCCCCGCCCCUCCUCUCCUUCACUCUCCCCCAACCGCGAUACCAAUACCAAUACCGAAAACACCCCUUUGGCCUCUAAACCUUCAUUAGAAGCUCUCCCCCCAAUCUGCUAUAGGCAACUUCUUGAUAUACAAAAUACAUUGACGAAGUCAUUCCCAACUCACCCACCUCACACAAUUCAACGCCUCUCCGAGCUCCUCCUAUACCCUACCCAACACCACCGUUCUCUUCCCUCCUAUCUCCACGCCCUCGAUCGCGUAAUCCACGUCACAUCAACCAUAACCUCAUUUCCCCUCCCACCCGCCAUUCCAGAUCCAAGAGUUUCUUCCUCCAUCCUCAGCAAUGGAACUCCCACAUCGGCCGACCCUCUCAGCAUUUCCUGGAGUAAUCCCACGGUCGGGAACGGAUCAGUAAAUGGAGGAUUGGGAAGUGACGAAGCAUUAGGAGGCGCAUUAUUAACACCCAUAAGUUGGUUGAAUAAACGCGAAUCAAGUCUUACACACACUAGUUCAAAUGGUACGAAUUCUGGAGGCGCUUCUCCGCGCGGUGAAGUACGAACUGAGAGUACCGAAACGAUAGAUGGACCAAAUGGACCAGGUGGAGUUGAGACAGUUUCUAUAUCCGUGAAUGGCAUCUCAUCAGUUGGUUCUCAUGCAAUGAUGUCGCUACUCUCUUCACAAUCCUCAUCUAGUUCCGGCGAACAAGGUUUGAGAGCCGAAGGUGGAGUUACCCAAGGAGAAUUAUUACGCCAGGAACAGAAGGCGGGAGUAGUGCCAGCAUCGCAACUAAGAAGUUUGCAGAGGGAUCUAGAGAGGGAAGAGGGGGGAAGGAGAGGCGAUGAGAGUGGAAUGGGAGAAGAGGACGAGAUGCCUCAUGCAAGGGGACCAGAGGAAGUUGGAAUGGAGGAUAUGGGGCCACAGGAACAUGGGAAGGUUUUGAGGAUUGGGGGUGGGAUUGAUGUUGAGGCUGCGAUAGGGAGGAGAGCGGAUUUUACGGAGGAGAAGGAAAUUAAAAUAGAAAAGGAAACAGAAGGUGGGCAAAGGAGUGGAACAGCUGGAAAGGAUGCGGAUGGAGAUGCGAAUAUGAAGAUUGAGGAGGAGACCGAAGGCGAGGGAUCAGCUACAUCGAAAAGAGCAGCGGAAGAUGACAUUGGAAGUGAAGCUGGAGAAAAGAGAAUCAAAGAAGAAAUGGACAUUGAACCUCAACCAGAUCUUGACACUCAAGAAGACGCCUUGGCGAAAGAGAAAGAGAAAAAGGAAACAGAAACAGAAACAGAAACGGGAAAGGGAGAGAUUAAAGAGGAAGAGGAAGAGGAUACGAAGAUGGAAGAAGAUACGGAUGCAGAUACCGAAAAUAAAACAACAACAAAAAUGAAAACAAAAAUGGAAACAGAGGUGGAAGAUGCAAAUGAGAGGAAAGAAUCCAUCAAAGAGGAGAUUAAAAUUUAG